GAAAGCACGAGUAAGGGGCGUGAAGCACGGUCACGUGACCAGGAAACGUAAAGCGAGUUUGUUUAAGGACUGUGUGUCGCAUUCAAUAGCACGAAUACUCCACUGUCUUCACAAUAAAGUACAGGCUUGUAAGACAGCCAGAAGCCAAAAGCAGGAGAAUAUGAUGAUGUGGAUCUGAUUCCCAGUUAAUAUGAGGCUAUUGUCCCUGCUGUUUGUUUAUUUAUUAGUUCUUGACUCUGAAGGUGCUGUGCCAGCACCAGUAAACGCUCAUGUCAUGUCAAACAACUUCAUCCACAUCUUGCAGUGGAGUCCAGGAAAAGGGACACAACCUGGAACAGUCUACGAAGUGAAAGUUGGUAAUAAUGCUAUACACAACAUCAGCGUUACAUCAGUUAACAUCUCCGAACACAUGAAAGACAAAUACAAAUUAUAUAUAAUCUGGCUUUCGGCGUCAUUUGGGACAAGCUCAUCGUCCAAAGUUCAAAUCUUUUUUACGCCAUACACAAGCACCAUUAUUGGGCCUCCCAUAUUAUCUCUGUCUGGCUGUGGUAACUGUCUGAAUAUCAGCAUUGAGCUACCAAAUCGCCAGAGUUCCUCUAACUUUUACAACGCUAUAAAUUUUUAUAUACUCUGGGGGAAAGUCAAAGAUGAGAAGGAUGACUGCCACAGUCAAAUUAACAAUUUCCAGAGUAAAAAGUCGGUGCCGUAUUCGUACACUCUUGCUAAUCUCCAGCCGGGUGAGCGCUACUGUGUGCAAGCCCAGCCGAAGGUCAGAAGCUUACCUGAACAUAAGCAACUGAACUCCUGCGCCUGUGAAUUCACCAGUCGAAUAGAGCCUCGAGGGGGGGCGUUCCUGACUGCUUGUGUUGCCAGCUCUGUACUGCUGGGAUUGAGUUUUCUGACUUUCAUGUUCUUCCUGGUCUACACUGGCUUUCUGUGCAAGCCCAACAUCAGACUUCCCAAAGCACUGAUUCUUGUUCCUGGCUACUUCCUGUCCCCGGAGGAGCUGUUAAUAUCAGUGGCUGAAUUAGAGAACAACAUACAGAUACAGAAGCCUGAAGAUCAUCAGCACAAGAAAAAGAAAAAAGGAAAAGAUCUCCACAAGCAGAACAAUGAUGAUGGUGAUGACGAUGAUGAAGAUGAUGUAGAUGAGGAUGAUGACAAUGAGGACGAAGAGAGCAACCAUGGCUACAUGGACCGAGGGGUUCCCAGCGAGUCAGUGAGCACUGACGAAGGGAGAUCAGCGUCUGAUUGUGAAGCUGCAGAGAAUCCGAAAGGAUGCAGCUUCGAGGACACUCUCACACACACCACAGACACUUUAAUGCUCUCACAGGUUCAGUACAAAGGGGUCAAACAAACUUAUAGCCUAGGAGCUUCACUUGAUCCAGUUAUGGAAGCCUUAAUUCCUCCCAGUACAAAAGGAGGAGAAAAAUUAGGAGAAGAAAUUAAGAAAAAAGAAGAGGAAGAGAAAGACUGUGGGAAUGUUAACCUGUGGUCCGUGGUGUUGAAGUCCAUGCAACCGGAGGAAGAGGAGGCAAAAGACCCGAAUGAUGUCAAAGAGCCUCUGUUACCUUUAUUACUUAAAGAAUUAGGAGAACAUCUGCAGACAGGAAGUUCUUCAGAACUUCACACUGCUCUUUUAUGUCACACACAGACUGAAGCACAGAGCAGUCAAGAAGAGGAACUUGAUGACAUUUCUGAUACGAGUGUGUGUGACCACAUGCAAACAGGAUACAUGGCAUCACACACAGGUGCAAUAGACACAGAAUACUGUUCAUUUGAGGACAAAGAGGAGGAUUGUACUUCAGGCUACAUGACCAGAUGAAGAAGUUGUAGUGCUUUUUGUCAGUAACAUGGACUGUUUUGUGUGUUCAAGGCUGCAUUUAUGUGCAUUUUGCCGAAUAAUGUUCUGAGCUCGUAGCAUGCUGUCGUCUGCUGGAGUGGACCUGCUUCACAUGAAAUGAUUCUUUUCUCUUGGUAGAUUUUACUGUUAUAAUGAUUUGUAAAGAGUAUAUGCUCUUAGGUUACUGCCUCUUGUUUCCAGGGACUAAAAUUGGGCGUGUCAGGGAUUAGAGGUGGGCGUGUCCAGGUAUUAGAGGUGGGCGUGUCUAUAGACUAAAGGUAGGCGUGUCCAGGAAUUGUAGGUGGGCGUGUCUGGGGACUAAAGGUGGGCAUGUCCAGUGAUUAGAGGUGGGACUAGAGGCACACACUGACAUGCGAGCGUCUGUUAACUCGGCUAGUCCGAUGAUUGUGUCCAAUGAUUACGUGUUCGUUUGUGGUGCCACACAGCCGGAAGGCAUGAAAACAGCUGGCAGAUGCUAUAAUCAUGAUCAUUAAAGAGCUUGUGGCUGAUGCUCUGUACAGUAACUGCAGCCAAACCUGCAGCAUCUCACUGAACCCUUAGAGGUGUUGUGAUGUUUACAUGAUCGUUUAUAUUAAUAUUUUCUGGAUUAGAACAAAAUCCUUAGAAACGAUAAGAGGGAACAAAAAUCAUAACUUUCACAAGACACACUGACACACACCCCUAGCUUAAGUAAAUUGUUGUUGUAAUCAUGAAAAUGUUUUUUUUAGCAGGCAUGGUGAUGGAUCAGAUCCUCUGUUUUAAUAUGUUUUCUGUACAAGUUAUGCAUAAGUAAUACAGAGUGAUGUAGAGGUGAUGAUUUUCUUUUGCACAUAACCCUGGCAGGUGAUUCUGUCUCGCUCUCUUUCUCUUUCUCUCUCUUUCUCUAGCCCAUACUCCCUUUCACUCUCUCUUUUCCUCCCUCCCUCUCUCACCAUCUUUCUUUCUUUCAUCUCUCUCUCUCUCUCUCUCUCUCUCUCUCUCUCUCUCUCUCUCUCUCUUGCUCUCCCUCACUCUCCCUCCAUCCCUCCUUCUCUCUCAGAUAUGACACACAUCUGCGAUUCCUAAACUUACCUAAAAACACCUAUAGAUUUACACAUUUCACCUGGUUCCCUUUUUAUCACAGGAUCAUAGAAUAAACAAACAUAUUGCACUGCAACGCUGUGUGUCAUGCUGGAAAUAGAAUGAAUGUAAAACAUAAUUCCUUUUUAAUUGUGGGAUUUUAUUUAUUUAUUGUUUUCUAAAUUGUAAUGUUUUGGUUGUCUUCUACAACAUAGACUACUCAUAAACCCCUCAGUUUAUGGGCAGUUCUUGUCAUUGUGUUUGUGAACUGAUGCUUAUCUGAAUCUAUAAAUAUGUCAUAAAUAAAUGGCUGAAUGAGUAA